AUGGGCAUGAAACAACGGAAGGCAAGGCUUGGCCAGAUGGCUGCUUUGUGCCGCCUGGCCAGCAAGGGCACAGACCAAGAUAUCGCUGAGCUUCGGGGGAUUCUGGAUCACAUCGCCGCCGAAAAGGAGCGAGACGCUGGGCUUUUCAGUCCGAGAGCUUCCGUGGCAUGCAGCAGACAGGCUGCGCGCACGUAUGGCGAGUUCGUGUGCACCUUGGAGGGCAGUGCUAGCAAAGGACAGGGAGAGGUGAUCAUGCUCACACGGGACAGUGAUUUCGGCCGGAUCAGUGGCUUUCUCCAAGAGGCGUUCAACCUGACAGGAGGCGUGCUUAUCACCCUUCCAGAGGACCGCCUCUUCGACGAGAUGGAGCAGCUCGUACUCUCAACGAAGCACCUUCAAGGCUUGAUCGAUGACUUCGUUCUCCGUCAGCCACCUCGCCGUGUGCUUAAGGUCAUGAAGGCUACUUUUCCCAUCACGCGAUGCUUGGUGGGCGGCAGCCACGGUGACCUGGAUGCGGAUGAAGCAAUAGUCGUCGCUUUAAAUCAGCUACUAGAACUGGUGCAAGUUCCCGCUAACCUCGAGACGGUGGAUCGCGCGGGACGCCUUAGCGAGCUCCUUGUAGCAGUGGGUUCCGUCAUUGGGCACAGCUCGUCUUCUGUGCAAGUGGCAGUGGCAUGCCAGGUGGUGUGGAAACUGGCUACUUCGACUGAUAUGCGGCGACGUAUGCUGGAGCACGGGUUGCAGAACAAGCUUUGGGCACUGGCGGAGAGCAUCGCUAGGACAGUCGAAACCCCAGAGCACCGGAAGGCGCGACAAAAGGCGGCCGCAGAAGCUGCAGCUGCAGCUGCCGGCACUGCCGGAGGUUCGACGGGGGUGGACGGUAGCCGAGGCGGAGAAGGAGGACCGCUGCUCCUUCAAGAGGUGACCGGAGGCAAUGAAGACGAGGCACACACCUCGGGGGGUGAGGAAGGGGGUGGGGUAGCCGUUGUGCUCGAGGCCGGACAGGAGAUGGACGAGGUAGCCGCCAAAUGCGUAGGGGCAAUCUCGCUGAUGCUGCGGUCCCAGGAGGCUGCAGAUUCCUUGUCAGGGUCGGAAGGCUACCACAAUGGCCUCGAGAUUCUCUUGGAGUUGGCGACUGCAGGGCAGAGGCGGGGUGGCAUUGAAGACGAAAGUGUGCCAUGUAUGGCGGCGGAAGCUUUAGCUCACGUUCUCAUCAGCCAUGGCACCUGCCGACUUGCGUGGGCCGAACAGGGCAGUUUCCUGUCCCUCUUGGAUCUCAUGAGGUCGCCUCUGAGUCGCGUGGUUCUCUGCUGCGUCAGUAUUCUCAACGCAUUCCUUCGCGGCGAGCCUUCCCAGAUCGCCGUGACCCCUGCUGAGGCAAUAAAAGUACUCGAACAAGCUUCACCCGCUUGUCAACGAUGCCUCGAUCAGCUGGAGUCCACAAUGUUACCUGUCGAUCCUAAGUCAACGGCAGCAGCAACAGCAAGCGGGACGCGAGCUCUUGCUGGAGUUUGUUCACCGCUGCACCAAAGUAUGGAUGCCGAAACCCAAGACUCUAUGGGCAUCCUGGAGCAGGCGACCGCUGCUUGCUGGGGCUCGUUGGCAGUUAUUGACAGAUGCCCACCAGGGCCUGGAAAGAAAGCGGUCUCGUCUGCCUGCUGGUUCCGCACCAUGCUCUCGGUGGCAAAGCUUGCCGGUUCGAAAUGGUUGUCUCCAUGGGUGGUGUUUUGUGCGGUGGCGUGCAUAGGCGUCGGGGUUGGGACAGGCGCGAGCGUGGACACGGACAGCAGUGAGGAGGUGGGCAACUCGAUUUCAGCAACGUCGUUGUAUUAUGUACAUGAGUCCUCGCCUAGGGAGGAGGGUGAGAAGAGAUACAUCCCAACCGACUUUUCGCGUGGUGUUUGGAAUCUGGACACUUCGGAGGCUAUGAUGGAAGCCCUCCCUGGGGAAAUGCUGGCUCUACUCAAGAGGACCAACUCCCUAGAGUUACAGGAGCACGCGGCGCGCACCUUGUGCACUCUAAUGUCUGCUAACGAGAACCUUCGUCGGAAAGCGUUCGAAGACGGCUUUCUCGACAAGCUGCAGCGUCUCCUCAUGAGGCGCCUCGGAAGCGCACAGUUCGAUAGCACCAUCGCGUGCAGUAUUAUGUACUUGUGUGACAUCGGCGCCCAGAGCAAAAGUAGCGACAAUAGCAACACCAAAACGGAAAACGGCAACAACGACAACAAGACGGUAUCGGCAAAGCAAGAGAACAGCAUUGGGGACGUCGUAGAAAACGCCGGGUUGGCUGAGGGCAGUAGCAAGCCAAAGAGACAGAAGCGCGCGAAACGGUCGGCGAAAGCUGCCAAGGAGGCAAAAGAAGCCGACGGGGCUCUGUGGUCGGAGAAGCAGCUGACCUCCCUAGUUUGGGCUCUAGGACACACAAACCAGGACGUCCUGACCUACACCGCCUGGACAAUAUUGGACGUCAAGGAAGGGGUACUGGCGGCCAUCUGGCUCCUCGCGUGCGACACGGACAACACGGUCAGGCUUGCCAUGAACGGUGGUCUCCAACUUUUGGUGGGGAUUUUGAACUUUCCGUCCAGCGCAUGCUACGUGCCGCUCAAGUCGCUGGCGGUGGGCACCUUGUGCAACAUGUGCCACACCGAGCCGGACGUGGCCACGCUCGCGAUGCACCUCAGUCUCGCCUCCGCACUGCUGCAGGCCUGCGGGUCUUUCUUGGCGGCGUCGUUGUCAUUGGGGGCAAGGUCCCGCAGCCGACUUCAGGAUAACGGUGGCGUGGAGGCGUUGUGUCGCUUGGUCCGUGCGACGAGCACGAAGGAGCCCUUGAAAGUCCGUUCCCUGCACGCGCUCCUGAACUUCUCCACAGAAACAGGCUGCCAGCCGUCUAUCUGUCGGUGGGCGCUCCAACCGCUGGUUGAGUUGACAGUCUCGAGCGCGCCGCCACAGUCAGAGUUCGCCUCGAGCAUCCUCUGCAACUGCGCCGAAAACCCGUGUUGCCGAGCAAUAAUGUUCGAGGGACAGAUUUCUCGGGGAUCAAAACAAGUCACGGCUUCCCGUGCGGAUCGGAGCUUGGAAGAGUCCAUUCGUGCCUCUCUCUGGGCUGGCCGCCUGACCAACGGGGGCUCACCGACCGCACGCAUAGUUCGGGAGCAAUUUCUAGCCUGGGUUCAGGGGGUCAAAGGAGGGGAUUUUAGUACGCCGAAAGAGCGGUGUGCCGGUGCGGACAGCGACAGCGACACUGGGAAGUCGGUGACGAAAGUCGACGGCGACGCCGAUGCCACACGUGCGCACGGGCGAGAAGGACAAGAAAGAGUUCCCGAGCACGAAAGAGGUGCUGAGCGAAAGCCGACGAUACCACCGAUCAAAACGGGGCACGCUGCAAUGGUGCAAGUGCGGCAAGACUUUCGCCAGCCGGUAACGUCGUUGUGGCAGACGGCGUCUGAACGGGCGGCGACCGCUCCGACGAGGGCAGCCUCUCGAGGCGGUGGGAUCGUUGACAGCACCAACACCGCCACCGCCCGCCGCGGCCCCUCGCACCGCCGACCACAGUCUCAGGCUGGCGCGUCGAGAACCCACGGCAUGGUGACGUCAGCACCACCAACCGGUGCGACGACCAACGCACGCGACCAGCUGGGGAAUGCGCGUCCGCAGACGGGUGGGAGGGGCGCUGUGUCUAGCGCUGGUGAAGGGAGAAAGAGCAACAGCCGAGGACAGGCGUUGAGAGAGAGCGACCUUACCAGUACCCCAGCAAUUUCUCCUUCUCCAGUGUGUGUGUCCGGGGGGCGGGAGGCUGAUGGACAAAAACAACGAAGGAGAAGAACACCGAUACCACUUCGGAGUUCUCACCGCGUGGGACCUGUUGGAAGCUUAGGGUCGACUCCGUUUCCUGCCGGAGAGUACCGAUGGAGACCUUUCGUGAGCGACUGCUACACCAAGCCGAACCCAUUGCCAGCUUGGCGCCGUAAACAGCAUGGGACCCUCCCUGAUAGUACCGACGCGGCUCCUUCAAAGGGAGCCGGCGCUACGCAGAUGCCCGUGAGCUUGGAACCGACAAAGGAGGAGCGGGAAGAUAUGUUCAACCAAGCAGUCAAAGAGAACCAAACGGUGGUCGUGGUGGAGCCGCCCCUGAACUACAAGCUGGUGUUUGACGGGCCGACAAGAAGUGGCGUGGCAAAGCCCUUGGUAAACCCUACCUCCAUGGCUCUGUUCCCACACGUCCGCGGGGCAUCUGUCUGCGCUGAGAUUUACGACCAUUACGUGGCGGAGGACGGGCUCUGCUAUCAUUUAUACCACACCAGCAGAGUUAUCUGCGAAGUAUUGGACCCCGGCGGGUACCCUUCUCUAUCAGAGCCUACCGAGUUGAGACACGUGCUCCACAAGGCUCUGCCAGAGGAACCACCUCCAGACUAUCCUUCAGUUGUAAUCCGCCAUGUCUCGAAUUCCUUACGUGUGUCUUCUCGGAAGGCGUGCCCGGGAACAAGGUGCAAAAUGUUCGGGGCGAUGCCCUCCGACUUCAUGGUUUUCGAGGUCAGCGAGCAGCCUCAAGAGGAAGAGGACGAAGACCAGUCGACGUCGACUCUCGACGCCAGCACCAAGUGGGAUGUCAACCACAGCAUCUUCGCCCCUCGACGGAGGGAGGCCGAGAGCCGCACCUUCUGGGAUACGGAGCGUGUGGUCCUUAAGGCUCUUGACGCGGACUUCGGUCGCAUGCUCAAGGAAGACCGGAUCGUUAAGCUCAUGGCCAAGUCCGACAACGCAGUGGCUAAGGGCCAAAAGUCUGUUGCGGAGAGCCUCGAUGAGGUCAAGAAGGCUGUCGCCCCGUUUUACAAGAGCAUCCUGUGCAUCUUCAAGUACUAUUGCCUCACGCCUAGCCAGAGCGUUCGUGGAGCCUUCUCUAUCCAGCCCAACCAGUUCGGGAAGAUGAUGCAGGAUACAGAGCUUGCCGGAAACUUCAUAUCUGUGGAGGAGAUCGGCAAGAUUUUUGUGAUGGUGAACUUCGAGUCCGACAAACGGAGCGCUGAAGCCACCGUGAACGAAGAUCGAGCGCUGAUGCGGUUCGAGCUGCUGGAAGCGCUGCUGAGGGUCGCCAUCACCGUGCGCGAUAACGAGGGCCAAGAAGAGUUAUCCCCCGCAGAGAAGAUGCGCAAUGUAAUCGAAGAGCAACUGCUAGUAAACCUGCCACCGGAGGCCCUGGAGGAUCCAGACACGUUCCGAAACGAAACGUUGUACACUGACGCUUGCGACGGCGUUCUUCAGGAGCACCAAAAGGCCUUGGGAAUAGUAUACCAGAAGUACAGCAUGCUCGACCCGAUCGCUGGCAAGCCUUCCUUUGGGCUGGAGGAAUGGAAGACAUUUACGAACGACGCCCGCCUGAUUGGCGACAAUAUCCACAUGCUGAGGAUGGGCCUGCGGGACAUUAAGCAACCGUUCUACAUGGCACGGAUGAUGGUCAGCGACGAAAUCAAGAGCCGUGUGAAAAUGACGCAGCUAACCUUUGUGGACUUUCUCGAAGCGCUGACGCGGCUGGCGAUUGCAAUGCCCAUCCCAUCAGACCAGGACAUGCGGGAAGCAGAGGUGACGGAUAUCAUGGACUACGAGUCGGCCCUAAGCUUUUCUGUUGAAACAUCUGCAGCCCAGCACGACGUUGUAGCCGGAGCCACGGGAGGGUUGGGAUUUCUGGUUGCGCCUCGACUCGACAGGCUUAUCCGGUUCAUUCUUGGGACGCUGGCCAUUCGCUCCAACGGCGUACUGAAGGCGGGCAACAAGGGGAUGAACCUGGUCGGCCUAUAUUGCACCAAGAAACACUUGGCACGAGGGAUCCUCCCGCCCUAG